GUGGGGCUACUGGACAGGUGGGGCUGCUGGACAGGUGGGGCUGCUUGACAGGUGGGGCUGCUGGACAGGUGGGGCUGCUGGACAGGUGGGGCUGCUGGACAGGUGGGGCUACUGGACAGGUGGGGCUGCUGGACAGGUGGGGCUGCUGGACAGGUGGGGCUGCUCUACUGACGCAUUUCUUGCAGUUGCUAGCACUGAUAGCACGGUUCUAACGGCUGCUGGCGCUGCUAACACGUUUCUAGCAGGUCUGGGGCGACUGCUAGCACGUUUCUAG